UACAAUUGGAACCCGGAGUGCCCGGAGUAGAGGAACCGACUAAUGCAGGGACCCGAGUACCGGCGCCGAGCUACACUUGCCCUAGGACCUACACAGCUAGGUCGGCAUCUACCUAAUCAUAAUGUCGUUCCCACCACAUAUUAUAUAUUCUACUUGCUAAAGAUCCUCUUGGAUCAUUGCUUCGUCUGCUAAUUAGGCAGUUUAGGGUAGAAUACUCGGAGACUGUCUCCCAAGGUUAUUCCUAGAGAAUUUAUCAUACCUAUAUCAAAUUAAGUAGUUUCUAGGGUCUUCGGCCGAAUAGCAUAGGAGGCAGGGGUUAUGUUCAAGAGCUGACGAUUAGGGAUGAUCCAUUGACCAACGAAUAUGGCUCACCGAUGCCAUAGGAGAGAAGGAUGCACUGUUCAGCCCAAUGGUUUCUUUCUAAAUUCGUUAGAAAAUUACUUUUUAUUUCCAAAAUAAUCCCAAAAACAUUCUAGGGCUUUAUAAAUUUUAUUUCACGGCAAAGCCGACACCAGACGUUAACGAGAGGAUGGCUACAUCAAUAUUCAGCCUGCAGGGCGCCACUCUUGUAGCUGGCAUUGAAUCAAUACUGAUAUCAAAGGUGUUGCCCAAGUAUAUUGGUACCACAUAUUUCCAAGAAACCGUCAAGUUAAUUGCGCUUGUCUUUAUCGUUAAUUAUGCCAUUUUAUUCGUAUAUUCCACGAUCAUAUAUCCUGAUUUUAUCAGUCCCUUGCGACAUUUCCCGAGGCCCAAGUGGUGGUUACCCCGAAUGAUCUACGCUCGGCUGGCCACCAAGGUAACACAGGCUGAGCUGCUGUUGGAUAUAAUUCAAGAUGUACCGAACGACGGCAUCGUAGCGCUGAGGGAGGUAACUGAAAGUCGCUUACUGAUCACUGGGCCAUCCGUAUUGGCAGACCUACUAGUGCACCGCUCAUAUGAUUUCGAGAAGCCUCACAAUAUGCGCAAGUUUCUCAGUGGUGUAAUAGGAAGUGGAUUAGUUACAGCGGAGGGAGAAGACCACAAGUUUCUCAGGAAGAACAGUCUUGGUGCAUUCAGCUUUCGCCGCAUCAAGGAUUUAUAUCCUAUGAUAUGGAAGAACUCGCUUGCAUUCACUGAUGCUUUGGAAGAGAAUAUCAGAAAGCAGCAUUCUGAGGAUGAUGUGGCCACUGAGCCCUUGAUGGGGAAGGCUGAGAUGUCCCGCUGGGCGAGUAAAGUCACCCUCAACAUCAUCGGCAUCGCUGGGCUAGGACGAGACUUCAACACACUCAACAACUCGAAUGAUCCUCUAGUGGAAAGCUAUGAGACUAUAUUCAACCCGAGCAAAGAGAUGCUGGUAUAUUUCAUCCUGUCAGCGUGGUUCUCCGUUCGAUUCGUCCGAAUGCUUCCUUGGAAGAUGAAUCAAGCUUUCGAACAUGCCGGAUCAACAUUACGGCGUACCUGUAGCCAGCUCGUUAGUGAUAAACGAGAGGCUAUUCGAAAGAACGACGGCGAUAAUAUCGAUAUCAUGUCGCUGCUUAUCAAAUCUGGAAAUUUCUCGGACACUGCUAUCCGCGAUCAACUCCUCACGUAUUUAGCAGCAGGGCAUGAUACGUCCGCACUUUCCUUGACUUGGGCGUGUUAUCUACUAGCACUCGACCCGGCUCGGCAGAGCAGGUUACAACGCGAAGUCCGCGAUGCACUUGCAUCUACCGAGAAUCCAGUGGAUGGCAAAUUAGAUAUCUCGGGAACAUUAGAGCGCCUUCCAUUUCUCAAUGGAGUGCUGAACGAGACGCUUCGUCUAUAUCCAAGCAUCCCGGUCACCAUCCGAGUCGCAGCUCGAGACACAUCCCUGGCCGGUCAUUCCAUUCCGAAGGGCACCGAAAUAUUAAUCUCACCAUGGCUGAUCAACAGAUCCCGCACGUUUUGGGGCCCAAGUGCGGCCGAGUUUGAACCUGAGCGGUGGAUCGAGAAGGAUGGACGCCCGAAUAAUACAGGUGGCGCUACCAGUAACUAUGAAUUCCUCAGCUUUUUACAUGGCCCGCGAGCUUGCAUUGGGCAAACCUUCGCUAGGGCCGAACUGAGGUGCCUCCUGGCAGCCCUGAUUUCCCGCUUCGAGUGGAAACUCGACAUGGACGAGAAAGACGUUAUAGCAGGCGGUGCCAUCACUUUAGCUCCGGUGUAUGGUUUACACGUGAUGCUCAAACUGAUCAAGGACGAAUAAGCUUACCUAAUAGCGCCAAGCAUAACGUCCGUAAGAAAAGUAGUGCAACAAGAAUAUUGGGCGUCAUCGCAGAUACAAUGUAAAAUGAUAUCACUGUCCUGUCAGGAGUCCGUUAAGGUCAGUCGGAUUAGGACCCGGCCUGUUGAUCCCUACCUAAGUUGGCUGCACAUCGUCGUCCGGGUAAUGUUAGGAAUCCCGUUCUACUUCCCUUUCGUCUAGCUGUGUCUUACGACUUGAGCCUCGGCGAUGGUCACCGACUAUUGCCAGUUAAGGGGAUAGGAGGCCUCUUCAUAUCAUAGGAUGUAGACAGUAGCUUAUCAAGAGUUGUAAUGAAUGAAGUUGAGAACUUUGAAAAGUA